UUUUCGGACCGGACGGUUCUACCUCGUUAGACAGCCUGGGUUGCUGCCAAUUUUGCAAGCAUAUCCUCCGCGAUUUGGCGAUGAAUGUCAAGAGGAAUGAUUACAAGCACAGACAUUCUCGUCUUUGUGGCAUGCAUGUUUUCUUUGGUUCCAGGGGCGUCAGCAAUGCAUAAUGAGUUUACGUUUGUUGACUUUGUGGCAGUGGUUGUUGGCAUUAUGGUAGCAUUUGUUGCAUUUUGUGCAUGCUUAGGGGCUUAUGCACACAGUCAAAAUACUGUAUAGAUUUUACACAACAUCUUUUUGGACUGAAUUGUCUGGAAUGUCUGAAAUAAACUGUCCUCAAUCUUGUGUUGUCUUGUACUUGACUUCUUACAAUAUCAGAUGUGCGUGCCAUUUACACGGCAUGUUUACAGUUAACAAUUCAGCCAUAUUGUGUUACAGUUGACUUUGUGUCACUGACAUUCUUGAUGGUGAUCUGGAUAAUGGUUUGGAAUGUGAUGUUUUGCAGAUGGCAGCACUAGAGUUGUGAAUGCUAUAUUCACCCUGAGCAUUCCAACAUACAUGGAUGUGUUGUUUUUGGGCUCUGUAAGUGGCAUAGGUCUUUUUCAAAUAGCUCACCUAGUGUAGGCAUAGUGAAUCCAGGAUCUUAUGGAGUAUUAUGUCAUCGUUGGGCAAAGCAGGAUGAGCACGCAGCUGUGGGACUGCGCUAUCAUUGUACAGCGUAAGGAUACUUAUACUGUUCUUCCAGGAUUUGUAGUGCCAGUUCUUGUACAAUUGGUAUAAACAGCAUGGUUGUGGUUGUGGAUGGUGGGCUUGCAUCUACUCUGCAAGAAUCUGGAUACAGUGUUGAUGGCCACCCACUAUGGAGUGCUCAUCUCCUGCACACAAAUCCUGAUGCUGUCUUGGAAGCACAUUCCAAAUUUGUUGAAGCUGGUGCAAAUAUAAUAACAUCUGCCAGUUAUCAGGCAAGUACUGGCAAUAUUGCCCAGCAUCUAAAAUUGUCUUCUGUGGAAGCAAUAUCUUUAAUGAAGAGAAGUGUGGAGGUAGCCAAACAAGCUGCAGUGAGUUCAAGACAUGAGGUCCUGGUAGCUGGAUCUAUUGGACCAUAUGGUGCAUGCUUAGCUGAUGGAUCAGAGUACAAUGGGAAUUAUCUGGCCAGCAUUGACCAGGUUACACUUAAGGAGUGGCAUCGUCCGCGUGUGGCGGCGCUGGUGUCGGCCGGGGCCGACGUGCUGGCGGUUGAGACCGUGCCGGGACCUGCCGAGGCGCUGGCUGUGCUCGACCUGCUCAGAGAAUACCCCGACCAGCCGACGUGGGUCGCCUUCUCCUGCCAGGACGGCCAGCGCACCUGCGACGGCUCGCUGUUCAGCGAUGCAGCGGCUGCCGUCUGCGCUGCCCGGCCCUACAACACGCUGGCUGUCGGCGUCAACUGUUCGGAGCCGGUGGCGGCGGCCGCGCUGCUGCACUCGGUGGACCGACGCCGUGUGCCGCUGCCCCUGUUGGUUUACCCCAACAGCGGCGAACAGUGGAGCGGCGACCGGUGGACUGGUGGCGCGAAGGCGCGCCGUCUGGCUUCGUUCGUCCCCGAGUACCUGGCCGCUGGCGCUGUGUACAUCGGCGGCUGCUGCCGGGUGGGGCCGGACCAGAUCCGAGAGGUGCGGCACCUGGUAGAUGGUCUGUGACGUCACUGGACAGCCUGCCCUGCCUCCACCGUCGGCGCCGUCCGCCGCGGCUCGGCAGCUGCCGACGUCCGACCGCCUGUCGGGCCUCCGUCCAGAGCCGUCCAGAACCGCGUCUGGCUGACCCCAUCACCAAACGAUCGCCUGUCGGGCCUCCGUCCAGAGCCGUCCAGAACCGCGUCUGGCUGGUCCCGCCACCAAACGGCCGCCUGUCAGGCCUCCGUCCAGAGCCGUCCAGAACCGCGUCUGGCUGGCCCCGUCACCAAACGAUCGCCUGUCGGGCCUCCGUCCAGAGCCGUCCAGAACCGCGUCUGGCUGGCCCCGCCACCAAACGGCCGCCUGUCAGGCCUCCGUCCAGAGCCGUCCAGAGCCGCAUUUGGCUGGCCUCGCCACCAAACGUGCCGAACAACUUCUGCAUUGCUGCGCCUCUUGCAUUGGGGUUAGGGAAUGCCACGACGUUUUGUUGUGGUCUGUGAUUUCGGGGUAAUGUCUCGCAUUCCCCGUUGUCCAUCCACAGCCGUACAUCUGGUGAUAUCUUUAUUGAACUACUACCAACUUUCGACAGGACGGUUCGAUACUAGCGUACGCGAACAUGGACGGGUGUCGUCUUGCAAGCUUUCUUACAAUGUCUGUGUGUCUUGGUGGUGUGGAUUACUAUUUGGAUUUGGUACACUUCGAACAAAUCAUAACAAUGUAAUUUAAACCUGAUAAAUUGAGGGCGCCUUCUAGGAAAUGGUCCAAUACCAGGGCACAAAACUUAAGUAGUCAGUGAGAAAUAGUUGCACCUGAUUCUUGUACCGGACCUGCGCGGAACGUCGGAUCGUAUUUAGCUUAGGGUGCUCAAACCCCCUGCAACCGCAGCUGAGCCUCCAAGUUACAACUAGGCCCCGAUCUAAUGCAUCAUAGUCAUAUUUUCAAUGCAAGCAAUAUGGAGACGAAUUUUAUGUGUGGGACCAUGUCCGCACUCCCGCUUCCCUUUUCGAUCAUGCCCGCCAACUCAAGAGAAAAAUGGAAGCAAAAUUUAAAACAGGUUGUAGUUUUCUGCAGCUGUCAAAAGCAAGCGACCGAUAUUCCGCGGUGUUAGUAUUUGGGUGUUCUCUGGCCUUUCUACCCCAGGAAUAUCGACCCCUUCCCGCCGUCUAAGCUGUUAUAAAGUGUAUCGGAAACGCCGAUUUCUUUUAACACUCUAAGCACAAAUCGGGUGCCAGCUUUUCUGUUGACUCCCUGAUGUAUUAGCCCAGUCGUCUGCGCCUGGCAGGAACCCUGUCUGUGUGAGUGGGUAUGCAUCACGUUACAAAGCGGGUACAUCUGUGUGAAUAUAUAGGCAUUGUGUCUAUGGAUGCGCGCGUCAAUUA